CGGAUUCAACGUUCAGGGCCCACCAACACUCGUUUAUCUUCCUUGUACCCAACGAUUUGAUUACCCUUUAUAUCGGCGUGAAGCUGGGACGUGUUGAUCCCCCAAAUGUUCCUCGUGCCCUUCCCAUCAUGACACAAAAUAUGGAGACCGUUGCCUCCCGUCUCGCCAGUUUCGACCUGGUGUUGCAGCCGGAGAAGCGAAGGAAUUCAAGCACAAAGGCCGCAGAGCCGAUCGCUUGGCCUCAUAGGAGUCCUUCGCCGACUGAGGUACACUUUGCGCACUAUUCCUUGCUGCAUGCGACCGCUAAUGCAUAGAUCCUCCAGUUGGCGCAUGCGGGCUUCUAUUACCACCCUUAUGAGACGAAUCCUGAUAAUACAGUAUGCUUUCUGUGUCGGAGGGCCCUCGAUGGCUGGGAGGAGGAGGAUAACCCGGUCGCGGAACACCUGAAGCAUUCGAGUGAUUGUGGAUGGGCGAUUAUGAUGGAUAUCCAGCAGCAUAGCUCCAAUCCCGCUGAGAUCCAAGACCCGACGAGCGAACAUAUUUUUCAGGCCAGGCUCGCGACCUUUAACUCGGGAUGGCCCCACGAUGGAAAGCGGGGAUGGACAUGCCAGUCAGAGAAGAUGGUGGAAGGCGGGUGGUAUUUUUGCCCCAAUGAGGAAAGCAAUGAUCUAGCCAGCUGCCCCUAUUGUAAAUUGUCUCUCGAUGGAUGGGAGCCGAAAGAUGAUCCUUUUGAUGAACACUACCGCCGAUCCGCCGAGUGCUCCUUCUUUGUCUUCGCGCAAGCUCCUGGCAAGAAGGGGAAAGGAUCCCGCUCUAAGAAGGGACGCGGGUCAAAGGUGUCUCGCUUGUCAACGCAGUCGACUGUUUCGGAAGCACCCUCGGAUCUCGACAGUGUGAUGGACCAGAGCAUCAUUUCGCAACCAUCCACCACCAAGUCGAAAAGCACAAAGAAAUCCAAGUCGAAAACGAAGGAUGCACGUUCCAAGAAAGAGGAAGAGGCCGACAGCCAUAUGGAUCUCGAUGCUCCUGAGGUUACGGUUGCAGAGCCUGAGCCUCCAAAAGCCAAACGAGCCACUCGAGGCAAGAAGAGAACAAGCGAAGACGUGCAAAUGGACGACAUGAACAUUGCGCGCGGGGAAAGCGUGGAAGAGACCGGGCGACCAUCCAAAAAGCGGGCCACCAGAUCUCGGGCCAGUUCCCAACCGGUUCACGACUACGAUAAUGUCGAGCCAAUGGUCGCUGAUCAGGACCAAGUGGAUAGCCGAGAAGAGGCUCAAAAGGUCCAAGAGAUCCAAGAAGUCCAAGAGGCCCCCAAGAAAGGCCGCGGGGCAGGCAAAAAGAAGGGAAGUGGGAAAGGCCGUAAAGCAUCAUCCGCAUCGUCAACGUCGAAAAUCAUACCGCAAGAAGAGGAGCCUGGGGAUUUGGAGAUCACUGCCGCCAUCGAGGCCGAUCUCGAGCAGGACCAUGUCGAGCCGGUCGAGCCAACCCCAGAGGUGGCAGAGAAGCCCGCGAAGAAGUCGAAGAAGAAGGGCAAGAAGAAUGAUACGGCAACCGAGGAAACCGGGGCGUUAUCAGAAAAGAAGCAUGAAACAAAGGAACCGGCACAUGUUGACGAGCUGGUGGAUCAGGAAAAGCCGACCAAGCCGGGAAGACGUCAGAAAGCACGGGCUUCAAAUGAUUCCCAAUCCACUGGCCGGGCUCACACCGAGACGCCUGCGCCAACAUCCCCUUCACGGGACAAACAUGAGCGAGUUGAGGAGGACACAAAGAUGGAGCUUCAUGAAUCGUUCGUCUCGGUGGAGAUCCCGGCGCGAAAAUCAGAACAACCCGUGGAGGUGGAGACUAGCCAGAAACCCAAGAAAGAAUCCAAAAAGGGUUCCACAGGCCGGGGGAAGAAAUCUAAGAAGACAGAGGAGGCCUCUACUGAACCAAGUGCACCGGCUGUUGCGCCGCCUCAGCCCCAACAAGAUGACGAUGCGGAGGAGCCUAGGAAACGGAAGAGUUCCCGGAAGCAGAAGUCCGCGGACCACGAUCUUGAACAACGCGAACUAGACGGGCCACCUCAAAAGGAAGAGGCACAAGAACCGGAACCUGAACGGCGGACCUCACGCCGUAGGUCGUCUAUGGCCCCUCCGAAGACGACAGAACGAUAUAGCGACAUUCCGCAGGAGGAACAUCUUGCGGAGGCCCUCGUGGAGUCCCGCCACUCUAGCAGCAGCCAUCGGCAAUCUGGCGGCAGCGAUCCUUCUAGCCACAUAACCCAGAAAGACAGUGACGUAUCACCUCUUCCUGCCUCGAAGAGUUCGCCAUCCAUGUCACCGCAAUCCUCCGAUGCCGAAAACCGACCUCCGUCUCUGAGACCGACUGCGUCUCGGCCGCCAGUGUUGUCUCCAUCCAAACCCACUCCGGGGCGACUUCCCCUGGCGCCCAGCACACCUUCACCUAUCAAGAAGUACGCCAACCGGGGAGGCAUCGACACAGCUCAUACAUGGCGGCCAGCUGAUGUGGAUGAGAUUCUCCUUGCCAGUGGCAGCGACAAAGAAAACCUCGACCUGCACGCUGCUCUCAAGGACAUCAAGGGUGAACUGACGAGCGAAGAGAAGAAGAUGACAGUCGCGCAAUGGAUCCAGUGGAACGCCAAGAACGGCGAAGAGCGACUCCGACGCGAAUGCGAGCGACUUGUCGGACAAUUCGAGAAAGAGGGGGCACGAGCGAUGCGUGCCCUGGAGGGCAUUGAGUGCAGUGAAUGAGCGCAAGCUCCUGCGCAUGACUUUUU